AUGUCACCUCCUUUGACAAUUAUUGACAAAAAGAAAAACUUGAGUUUGCCAGUACAUCGUCGAUUGAGGACAUCACCGUCUGUAAUGGCGUCACUUCUAGACGAUGUCAUCAUGGAGUGUAUAGCGCCACGUAUCGCGAGAUGCAACCAUCCGACUCUCUCCAUCGUCUCUAAGCAAUUCCGAUCUCUCGUUUCGUCGCCUCAGCUAUACAUGAAGCGGUCUCUUCUCGGCUGCACCGAAGAAUGUGUGUAUGUUCUCGUCGAGGAUACCAAAACUGGUAUAGCUCAUUGGUAUACACUUAACCGGAGAACCAAAAGAAACACGGUUGAAAACCGAUUGGUCCCUAUCUUGUCACUCCCGCCAAUGCCCAUAUUGGCAAGCUAUGUUGUUGUGGGUUACAACAUCUUUGUAAUGGGUGGAAAAUACGGUUACCAUGUUGGGCCACCAUCAUCGAUUGCGUUAUGCAUCGACUGUCGAACUCACACGGCGCGUCGUGUUGCCGACGUGCCUGUUGUGGCUCAUGAGAAGACAAUUAAGUUCAUUGACGAGAAGAUACACCUUGUCGGAAGUGCCGCUGAUGGCCGGUCAAGAUGGGAGUCGACUAUCCUCAUGGUGUUUGACUCACGAACAGAAACGUGGGAGCCUGGUACGAAAUCAGGCUGGGAGGUGGAUCAUAGGUGGCUCACAAGUUUUUCAAAGGAAGCAGGCAAGUUUUUCGACAUCUUCAGGAAAACCUACGACGAUUACAAACUACGGGAAGGUAAAUGGGAGAUGGAUGAGAUCAUGAAGUAUCAUUUGUGGGGAGAUGAAUGUGUUAUGGGCAACAUAUUGUACGUCUACGAUGGCUAUAAAUAUAUUUUAAGAACAUAUGAUAUCAAGCAAAGAACGUGGGGGGUGGUGAAGGGUCUUGAAAAACUUCCCUUAGGUGAUUAUCGGUCAUACAUAGUUAGUUGCGGUAAAAUGUUGAUAUUGUUUUUGAAAUUCGUGAGCGAUGAUGAUCCCUCUGUUCUGAAAAAUAAAAUAUGGUGUGUGGAGAUUUCAGUGGAGAGGCGUGAAGACGGAGAGAUUUGGGGAAAGGUCGAGCGUUGCGAUCUUUUGCUUGAUGGGUGUUUUGACAUUACUAAAUGUCUUCUUGUUACUCUCUGAUACUUCA